UUGAAAAGAGAAGGAAGUGGUUAGAGAGAGGAGAGAGGAGUGAGGAGUGAGAAGAAAGGCAUCGUGUGUAUGUAAGAGUGUUAAGGGAGAAGGGUGAGAUGCUUUCGGCUAAGCUUGCUCAAACUGGCCUCGUCUAUGCUGUAUUGGGCACUUGUGGAAUACAAACAUCAUUCAACAUCUCUUUUACUACAUUUUUGCAACACCUACCCCUCCUCUCUCUCUCUCUCUCUAACUCGUCCUAGGUUUUGAUUUUCUUCUGUGAAUUUUUCCUACUACACACUCAACCUUUCCGUCCACAACCUCCUCCUCCUUUUUUCUUCUUCUCACAUACUCUCUAUCUCUCUCUGUAUAUAUAUUAUUUUAUUCCAAUCAAGAGAGAAAAAGCACAAUACGCACCCCGAGACACACUCACACAGAGUUUAACCUUCCUCUGCAGCACUGCAGGCCAACCCAAAUUAACUUUUUAUUUUCAAAAAAAAAAUAUUAACCAAGAGAGAGAGAGAGAGAGCGUUUAUUUUUUUAAUUAUUAUUCCUGAUGUGAGAGUGGGAAAUAAUAAUAAAAAAAAUCUGUGUUACUUACUGGUUUCUCUUCUCUUUCUCUUCUCUUUUCAAUAAGGCCUGUAACUAUAACUGUAACUGCAGCUGAAGGGGAGAGAAAGAGAUCAGAGAGAAAAAAAGAAUGUGGGAUCUCAAUGACUCACCCGAUCGGAGGAGAAAGGUUGAGGAAUCCGAAGAAGGUUGCUCUUCUCUCAAGAACUCCAUAGACGGAGACGACGAUAACAACAACAACAACAACAAUAAGGAUCUGUUUCCAAUUCAAGCUCCUCCGCAGUUGUCAUCGAAGACGGAUCAGAAGAAGAAGAACAACAACAAGAAGAAGGUAGCGUCGUAAGAGCAACAACGGACAUGAAGAAGAGUAGAAGAAGCAAGAUAUUCGGGUUCUCAGUAACCCACGGUGAUGAUGAUGAAGAAGAUGAAGAUGAAGAUUCCAUGGAUAGCGAGAACCACAGCCAGGUAGUGACUCGGCAGUUUUUCCCCAUGGAGGAGGCUGAUAUGGCCGCCGCAUCAUCACCGGCUGGAAGCGGCGGUGACGGUGACGGCGACGGCGACGGAGGUGGCUCUACUUUCCCUCGUGCUCACUGGGUAGGCGUGAAAUUUUGCCAAUCAGAAACACUUGGUGCUGGAAAAUCAUCACUGGAAGCUUCUCAACCCAUGAAAAAAAGUCGCCGAGGACCGCGGUCAAGAAGCUCACAGUACAGAGGAGUCACUUUUUACAGAAGAACCGGUCGAUGGGAGUCUCAUAUUUGGGACUGUGGAAAACAAGUGUAUCUGGAUGAGCAAUCUGACUAAGGAAGAGUUUGUGCACGUUCUUCGCCGACAAAGCACUGGGUUUCCAAGAGGAAGCUCUAAAUAUAGAGGUGUAACUUUGCACAAAUGUGGAAGAUGGGAAGCUCGAAUGGGACAAUUUUUAGGGAAAAAGUACGUCUAUCUGGGUUUGUUUGACACCGAGAUUGAAGCUGCAAGGGCCUAUGAUAAAGCAGCAAUAAAAUGCAACGGCAAAGAGGCCGUCACCAAUUUUGAUCCCAGCAUCUAUGAAAAUGAGCUUAAUUCCGUAGAACCCACAGGUAAUGCUGCAGAUCACAAUCUAGAUUUAAGUUUGGGCAAUUCAAGUUUCAAAUCUAGCAACAAUAGUCGAGCAUUGGGGAAUCACACCACAAAUGUUCAAGAUCAUCCCCAGCAGCUCAUGCCAUCUGAAUCCAAUUGGCGAAAUGGUGCAAGCAAGCCUAAGCUGGUGAAUAUCCUACCAAAACCGUGCAAUAGAAACAUGGAAGCACAUGGAGGAAGGGAUUUGCACGGAGAGAGUGAAGCCUUGAGGAUGCUGAGUCAAACCCACAUCCAUUCUACUACUUGUUCAGCAUCUAAUGAAACGCAAAGAUAUGGACCCUACAGGUCCCCAGGGGAGCCUCAAAUGCUUCACAAUUUUGCACAUCUUCAACCACCAAAUUUUUAUUUCUCCAGCAGCAGUAGUAAUGGAGGUCGCAUUGGGAAUGAUCUUUCAUUAUCAAUGGCGGAUCAUCAUCAACAACAGUUGCAACCAGGACCUCCACACCAUUAUUUGGCCACUGCUGCAGCAUCAUCAGGAUUCCCACCACAGAUUAGUAGACCCUCUUCUCAUCACCAAGGUUGGCUGCAGAAAAAUGGCUUCCACACAAUUAUGAGACCCUCCUAACUCACUCCACUCUUACCCUUACCCUUCUUUACAUAUAUGGGAAAAAAAUGUAAAUGUCAUUUUUUAUUUUGAUUAUUUGUUAGAAAGACAAAAUGUUUCUUUAUAAUUCCAAAGUUUUUAAUGAGUUUCUGACUAUUUAAUUAACUGGUCUAAGCAGCUUUUGAUACAUUAUUAGUAGAUUUUCGUUUAUAGAGGCCACUUAGACCCGUUAGUUAAAUAGUUGGGGAUCAAUUAGAAAUUUUUGAAUUGUGAAAGGACAUCUUAUCUUUGAAGCAAAUCAUCAAAGUGGAAAAUGACAUUUACUCAAAAAAAAAAAAUUAAAAAUUUUCCUGCCUCCCCAUUUUAUAUUUUCUGAUUAAAAAUAAUGAUUAUAUAACAUACAUGCUCACUCUGCCCCCUUAGUAACAAAAUUAUGUUCGGAUGACGUAGUAUUUUUCCAAACAUACCAUUGAUGUCACUCACCAGAAUUGGGAGAAGAAAUGUGAAUUUGCACUUCUUGUUGUGGGACCUACAAUUUUGUCCUAAGGUGAUGAUGAUAUAGUGUGUUUAGAAAGGUUUGUCAUCCAAACAUUACAUUUCUUUAAAAUUUUCUUAUUUUGGCAUGUAAAGAUGGAAGCAACACUAUUGUUAUGUCCAACCCAGACUCAGAACCCCUACUACUAUAUACAAGAACAAAAGCUUUUACUAUUGAGGUGAAAGAAGCGGAUAACACAUGCAAGAAGGAAAAGUGACCCAAAUUAGGAACUCAAUGCAAUGGUCUAAUGGGUCUGGGUCAGUCAACUAACAAACGGACGAAAAUCUUUAACUAGAUAUAUAUUAUAUUAUAUAUAUAUAUUUUCUGGGUUA